AGAUUUACUUGCCUGUUUGGGAACGGAAGAUGAAAAAAGAUUUGAUUUGAAUGAAUUUUAAAGAUUUGACGUUUACGUACUAAUCAUUGCAAAGUAUGUGUAUAUAGAUUAUCGAAAGACCGGACGCAUACUAGAACCAUGGAGAUUAUUUUUACAAAACUUUUCUUUUUUGUAAUUGUUCUGUUGGCAACAGUGGACCUCUCCCAUGCUGGACAGAAAACAACUUGUGUUUCCUUGAAACAUAGAGGAUUACGUUUAUGCCAGAAUUUGGGGUACAAUGCAACCAUGUUUCCCAAUUCAUUAGAACAUCGAAAUAUGGAAGAUGCUAGUACCGAAUUAGAUAAUUUUUUGCCCCUGGUAAAAAUACAAUGUGCGAAAGAAAUUGAGUUCUUUCUUUGUAGUGUUUAUUUGCCUGUUUGCCUUGAGUCUGGACCUUUGCCACCUUGUAGAGAAGUUUGUGAAAGAGCUCAAAGAGGAUGUAUUAAACUAAUGACACAAUAUGGGUUUCCUUGGCCAGAAUACUUAAGGUGUUCCAGGUUUCCCAAAAAAGUUGAAAAUAGACUCUGUGUUGACAAACCGUUUAAAGAGCCAGGCACUAAUGGUAAUAAUGGUAUUAAUACUGGUGGUAUACCAGUAAACCCCUUUCAUAAUACAACACAUGCUUCAUAUGAUGACUAUAGAUGUCCUGCUAAACAGCAGAAAGAAACGAAACACUAUAAAUUUAUGGGAACAGAGAAAUGUGCUUCCCUAUGUACACCAAUUUACUUUACUCACAAGGAGAAGGAUUUUGCACGGAACUGGGUUUUGUUUUGGUCAGUGGUCUGCAUGUUAUCAACUGCCUUUACGCUAUUAACAUUUAUUGUAGACAUGCCAAGAUUUCGAUAUCCAGAAAGACCUAUAAUUUUUCUUUCUGGCUGUUAUUUUAUAGUUGCAAUUGCAUUUAUAUCAGGACCAGUUUCUGAUAAUGCAAUAGCAUGUCAUAAAACAGAUGAUGGUACCCAGUUGUUAAACCAAGGAACUGAUAAUGCAUCUUGCACUAUUGUGUUUAUGUUGAUAUAUUUCUUCCUAAUGUCAGCAUCUAUAUGGUGGGUAAUUUUAACACUAACAUGGUUUUUGGCUGCCGGACUUAAAUGGGGACAUGAGGCUAUUGAAGGCAGUUCACAAUAUUUUCAUGCUGCGGCUUGGGCCAUACCAGCUGCCAAAACUAUUGCUGUACUUGCAAUGAAUCAAAUUGAUGGUGAUAUUUUAGCAGGUGUAUGUUUUGUUGGUGGCAAAAAUGUGAAUGCCUUACGGGGCUUUGUACUGGCUCCAUUAGUUGUGUACCUUGUUGUUGGAUCUUUUUUUUUAUUUGCUGGUUUUAUUUCACUUAUUCAAAUCAGAAAAGUUCUAAAGGACGACAGCUCGUUGCGUGCCGAAAAGCUGACAAGAUUAAUGGUACGAAUUGGUAUAUUUUCCAUAUUGUAUUCGCUACCUGCUAUUAUUGUUAUAGCAUGCUUGUUUUAUGAGCAGACCUAUAGAAUUGAAUGGGACAGUUCUUGGAUAAGUGCUUGGCUUACUAUGUUGGGCAAAUGUGACGAGAAAGUGUGUUUCGAAUUCAGCGGAAAGAGCAGACCAGAUUUUGCUGUGUUUAUGAUUAAAUAUCUCAUGUUACUUAUGGUGGGCAUAACAAGUGGAUUCUGGAUUUGGUCUGGCAAGACUAUUCAAUCUUGGAGGAGGUUUUAUUACAAUAAGAUCUUGCAUCAGCGAGUACCAAGACAAUACUACGAGUCUAAAGAUGGUUCUGUCUUUACCGCGAGAACAAAUUUGACGUAAAUGUCCUGACCAUACCUAUGAUAAUGUGCGAUAAGUGUUGUUCGCUAGAAGUAAUGUUUACUUAAAGUUUAGGGAAGUUAGGAAAACCAGAAAACAUUUCCAUAUUACAUAGUAAUGUUAUCAAGAACAUUUAUUGUGACAAUAGACAAUUUUCCUAAUCAUUGGUGAUACUAAAAAGUUUCUUAAAAAAUAAAAAGGAUAAUUAUUUUAUGUAAACAGGAUUAUAAAGUGUUCAAAACUAGUUUGAACCUUUUACAUUGUCAAAUUAGCAUAUAUGUUUGAAAAUAUAAGAUUUCAGAUCAUAUGUUUUCAUAACUUAUUUUUUUUUUUUUUAAUAGGGGGAGCUUUGUCAACAAAUUUGACAACAGGUGUGAUGUUAGGUUAUAUCUCAUGCAUACUCAUGCAUAUUAGAACUUCAAUUGUUUGGCAAUUUCAUUUUUACUAUUUUUUUACUGUGGAUACUUGUGUGUUAUAACAUUUUUGUUGUGAAAUAACACUUUUUGUUAAGUUUCUUUUUCUACAAGUCUUCUUCUGUUUUAUAAAGGAGUCCCAUGUUCUGAAUUUUUUUAUUCAAAUUUACAACAACAAACUGCAAUAUAUAUUUAAACUUUCAAAUGCCAUAUGUGUAAACAGCAUUUCAUGAAAUAUUUAUGUUUAUUUUAUCCUUUUAUCCAUGUGUUUUUUUCAACUUGUCUCCAUUUUUAUGAAUUAACUUUUAUCGAUUUCAAAUAGAAUUUAAAACGUGUGA